AUGGCGGGUACAGCUGACGACCCCAUCGCCGAGCUGCUCACUACAUACAACGAGCUCAACGGCUCGACUAUCGAGGAGCUGCACCAAGAGCCCAGCCCGCUCGAGUUUAUGCGAUAUGUAGCAAAGAACACUCCCUUCGUAGUCAGACGGGCCGCGAAGGGAUGGCAGGCCUCGCGGACAUGGAGUGCCGCUUAUCUGAAGGAGGCUCUGGCUGAUGAGACCGUGAAUGUUGCAGUAACACCCAUGGGACUCAAAUCCAGCAAUGCCGAUUCUCCCACGAGAAUGGAGGGCAGUGGUGAGCUCGUCUUUGCAAAACCGUGGGAGGAAGACCAGCCCUUCCCAGAAUUCCUCGACUUUGUGAUAGCGCAAGAGAACGAGGUCGCAGCUUCAACGCCAAGCGAGAUCCGAUAUGCCCAAACACAGAAUGACAACUUCCGCCACGAGUACGUCUCUCUCUUCGCCCACGUCCAGCCGGACAUUCCCUUCGCACGCAUCGCCCUGGACCGCGACCCGGAGGCCAUCAACCUGUGGAUCGGCAACUCCCGCUCCGUGACCGCCCUGCACAAGGACAACUACGAGAACAUCUACGUCCAGGUCCUCGGCCGCAAGCACUUUGUCCUCAUGCCACCCCUCUGCCAGCCCUGCGUCAACGAGCAGCCGCUCAAGCCCGCCACCUACGUCCGCCGCGGCGGGAACGACGACGCGGGCUUGGAACUCAAGCUGGACAGCGUCGGCGAAGGUGAGGGUGAGGGUGAGGGUGGAGGAGAUGGCAAUGUCCCGUUCGCGACGUGGGACCCUGAUACGUCAGGGCCGAAUGAGACGGCGUACUCGAAACUCGCUGAGCCGAUGAGGGUGACUCUGGAUCCAGGCGAUAUGCUGUACUUGCCUGCGAUGUGGUAUCACAAAGUCUCUCAGUCGUGCCUGGACGACGACAUAUGCGUUGCCGUCAACUACUGGUACGACAUGGACUUUAGUGGGCCUUUAUAUCCCAUGUGCAACUUUGUCAGAUCGACAUACAUGAGCCAAUCUUGA